CGCGGAUCCCGCCCGGCUGUGGGGCUCUAUGGGCUCUGCGCGCGCCGCAGGGCUCUAUGGGCGGCCAAGAUGGCGGCGCUGGGAGCCGGGAGGGCGGUGGCUGCGGGUCUCCUACGUGCCCAGAGCCUUGGAGCAUGGAGAGGCCUGCGUGUCCCCACUGCCACCCUCCAGCAGAACCCACAGGCCAAGUCCCAGAGCGCGAAGCCCGAGGGCACGUUCCAGGUCACCAUGCUGCCCGGAGACGGUGUGGGCCCGGAGCUGAUGCACGCCGUCAAGGAGGUGUUCAAGGCGGCCAGCGUGCCUGUGGUCUUUGACGAGCAUCACCUCAGCGAGGUGCAGAACAUGGCGUCAGAGGAGAAACUGGAUCAGGUGGUGGAUUCCAUGAAGGAAAGCAAAGUGGCUCUCAUAGGGAAAAUCCACACCCCCAUGGAGUACAAGGGAGAGCUGGCGUCCUACGACAUGCGGCUCCGGCGCAAACUGGACUUGUUUGCCAACGUUGUCCACGUGAAGAGCUUGCCGGGCUACAAAACGCGGCACAACAACCUGGACCUCGUCAUCAUCCGCGAGCAGACGGAGGGCGAGUACAGCUCAUUGGAGCAUGAGAGUGCGAAGGGUGUGAUCGAGUGCCUGAAGAUCAUCACGCGGGCCAAGUCCCAGCGGAUCGCCAAAUUCGCCUUCGACUUUGCCACCAAGAAGGGGCGCUCCAAAGUGACGGCCGUGCACAAGGCCAACAUCAUGAAGCUGGGCGACGGGCUCUUCCUACAGUGCUGCGAGGAAGUAGCGGAGCUGUACCCCAAGAUCAAGUUUGAAACCAUGAUCAUCGACAACUGCUGCAUGCAGCUGGUGCAGAAUCCCUACCAGUUUGACGUCCUGGUGAUGCCGAACCUCUACGGGAACAUCAUCGACAACCUGGCGGCCGGACUGGUGGGUGGUGCCGGCGUCGUUCCUGGCGAGAGCUACAGCGCCGAGUACGCCGUCUUCGAGAUGGGCGCCCGGCACCCCUUCGCCCAGGCAGUGGGCAGGAACAUCGCCAAUCCCACCGCCAUGCUGCUCUCCGCCGCCAACAUGCUCCGGCACCUCAACCUGGAAUUCCACUCCAAUUUGAUCUCAGAUGCGGUGAAGAAGGUGAUCAAAGUCGGAAAAGUCCGGACGCGGGACUUGGGCGGUUACUCCACCACUUCUGACUUCGUCAAAUCCGUGAUUGACCACCUGCACCCCCACUAUGGGGCCUAGGAACCCCAGCAGCCGGGGCCUCCGCUGCAGCCGCUUCCCGCAGCUCCACCUGCCCCCUUCCCGUUCCAGCUGAAUUCCCUGGUGCCCCAAAAGAGGAGGAGGGGAUCCUCCCCUCCUGCCCAGCCCAGAGUCAGGCUGCCACCCCCAGUCACGCCAGGGGGAUCGUAGGAGGGACCCAGGGCUCCCUUCGGAGCACGGCUGCCCCCAGAUCACGCAGGCAGGACUGGGAGCGCCCCAUGCUCCGCAGGCGCCUUCCAGGGAUCACGCGGAAUCCUGCAAACAGCUUCCAGGGACCACGUGGGAUCCCGCAGGCAGCUUCCAGGGACCAUGUGGGAUCCCACUCCAGCCCAUGAAGGCUUUAGCAAUAAACGGGACCAUGGGGCUGCGGCUCCGCACCCUCGAGGGUCCCUUCCGGCACAACCCGUGUGUAGGGUGCAGUGGGUGCUGUGCUCCGUGCCCUGCGGAUGCGUUUGGGGGAGCCAGGGCGGCUCCGAGCUGAGCCAUGCGCUUGGCACGAUCCUGUGUGGGGCAGGCAGGGGCUGCCCAGCCGGGGGCUCCUCAGCAGCAGCCCCCCCAGAUCCGGUCUCCCAGCUGGAUCCCGGGGAGCUGGGGCCUGGCAGCAUUUGGCAGGUGCUGAGCGCGUUUGGGCUGUGUGUUCAGCACUGCAUUUCAGCAUUCCCAAACAACGGGUCCAGUUCCCCCAUCCCUUCUCCGUGCUGCUCCCCACUCGGCUGUGCCCAAGGCCAAACUCAGCGCCAGCCCCUCACUGUCCCCUCGGGCUGGGACAGGUAGAUGAGCACCAGGAAGGAAACCGCUGCCAUGGAUCGUCUGCUGCUUCAUCCCUAUUCCUACUGAAAUCUGGGCUGAGUACCCCAGAACCCGAGCGCACAGGAUGGUGGUCCCCAUCCAGGCUGUCUCAUGUCACAGGGACACUCAGGGGUGCUCCCAGCGGGAGCUGCCGGCACCUCAGGGCCCCCAGGCCUCCCGGUGCCCCCC